AUGGAGGAUAAGAACAUUUUUGGAAGUUCUUCGAAGAAUCCUAAGACUGCUAACAAAAGACCGUCUAUUCUGUCGGAUGGUGUCUUUGAAACUGAGGAUAAAAUGAUCCAUACAGAGAACAUCCUUCCAACAAAGGAGAAUCAAUUAGACCAGAGUAAUGCUUCUAUAGGAGGAAGAGGAGAAGAAGAAAUUUUUAAGGAACGGAAGAUGAAAUAAGAAGAAAAUCCGCUCUGAGAAUAUCUCUGAGAGUAAUGAGUACUUUCAUAAAGUACGAGCUAUCGAGAUAUUAGCCAGCUUUUGGGCUAUUCUUCAGCUUGGAAAUAGCAUCAUAAUUUAUGAGGUUUCAUAUAAUAAUACAAAUGGGGAGGACGAUGGGUUCAUCCAGCAAUCAUUGGCUGUCUCAACUCUCACCUCUAUCGGCCUGACUUGUUCCAUCGUCCUAAGACACAUGACUCACUUGAAAUGGAAGAAGAGCAAGCUUUAUACGUUACAUGAUGAGACUAUCUGGUCAAGUGGGUACUAUAAAGUCAUGUGAGCAGAAGCCUUCUGGUCAAUGGUGGCUCCUCAGUACUUUUUCGAAGGACUUCAGUAUGAAGAGAAUAAUACAGACAAUGAUGUGAUCAUUACAUAUGAAAUUAACCAAAUCCUAUGCUGCUUUGUGUGGGUCAAAUGAUAUGUUACCGUCAGAACUAUGCUUAUGCUAACUAAGUGGAUGGCCCCUAGAUCUCAACGAGUCUGUAAAAUGAAUGGCUGCUAUUCAGAUUUGAUGUUCGCCGUCAGAAGCAGUUUUAAGCAACAGCCAAAUCUUACUCUCAUUUCAACAAUUUUCGUCAGUGCCAUUAUUUGUGCUUAUAUGCUUAGGAUUUUCGAACGUCCUUUGUCUGAAGCUACAGGGCAAAACUUUAACCGGAUUGAUACUGCAAUGUGGAAUAUUAUUGUCACAAUGACAACUGUUGGGUAUGGAGACACAUUCCCAAAAUCUCAUAUUGGGAGAGCCCUGGGUAUCUGGAUUUAGUCUGUGGGGUGUCCUUUUGGUCUCAUUGUUCGUUGUAACAGUUUCUGAUGCCCUUGAGUUCAAUGUUCCUCAGAAAAAUGCAUAUAACCUCAUCCACAGGUUGAUAAACAGGGAUUUGAUGAAGAAAGAAGCUGCCGGAGCUAUCCUGAUUCAGUAUAGAACUUCUAAGGCUUCUAUUAAAUCUAAGAAUAUCAUAGAACAACAAGAUGGUAUGAAGAAAUAUCUAGAAAAUUCUCGGAGGAUUUUCAAACGAAGGAUGACCAAAUUCAAAGCUUUAGAGAGCGGAAUUAGGAACUAUGAUACUGCUACUGAGGUCACUUAUAUCAACAAUCAGCUGUCUACCUUCUUAUUUGCAACAUUGAAUAAGUCUAUUGAUGAAUCUACUGCUUCUUUGACAACUAAUGAAAACUUGAUAAAUAUGCUAUCCUUACUUGACAAGCAAGAAAAAGGUGAAGAAUAAUGGAUGAUUUAAAAAACACUGAUCUCUCAGAAGGAAGCAUUC